UCUUGCCCACUCACUAUUUCUUCUCUACUCUCGCAACGCCGGCUCUCCUAUAUGGUUCCACCUCGUCUUCUAUGGCCUACGCAUUCCUGGAAAAGUCCAACGGAACCCGAGAGUUAGGGUCUUUCCCCGCGAAGAGCUUUCGAUUCUGUCCGCCAUUGGUGUAUACCGCCCGAUUUCAAAGGAAGCAGGCACGCACUCUACCUGGAUGACAUUAAUGAUGUUCGCCGGAGCUUGAAAUGUCGAGGCUUGUCAGUUUCUCCUGGAGGGUCUAGGGCUUCUUCAGUUGAUCUCUAUGGGAGUGGAAUUUCAGGGGAACUUAAACCUCCCGGAUCUUAGCAAGUUCUCUUCGCCGAUCCCAGGCUUGGCUUCGGCUAAAAAGUGGAUUCGCCAGAGCUGUGUCUCACAGAAAAGAGUGACUCCUCGGUAUUUGAUCUUUGGAUCGGUGCUCUUUGCUCUGGGACUCAUCUCGCUUUUCACUGGCCAUAUUGCAUCCGACAUCGAAUGGUCCAAGUUCCGGCGGUAUAGACGGGGUUUCACUCAUUACAACAUUGAUAUUUGGAAAUCAGACUUUGCGAGACUCUACUAUGGUUGUAGUGAUAGAAGCCCAAAUUUUGGACCUCCUGUGCCAGAAAACAAAUCUAAUGGCUACUUACUGAUUGCUGCAAGCGGGGGACUGAAUCAACAAAGAACAGGGAUUACAGAUGCUGUUGUUGUUGCUCGUAUUCUAAAUGCAACACUUGUUGUACCACAAUUAGAUCAUCAUUCGUUCUGGAAAGAUGAGAGUGACUUUGCCAACAUUUUUGAUGUCAAUUGGUUCAUUUCGUCCCUUCGAAAAGACGUUAUUGUUGUUAAAAGGGUCCCAGAUAAAGUAAUGAGAUCAAUGGAGAAACCUCCAUACACCAUGCGCGUUCCUAGAAGAUCAACUCCAGAAUAUUAUCUUGACCAAGUCUUGCCAAUACUGUUGCGCAGGAAUGUUGUGCAAUUAACCAAGUUUGAUUACCGGUUAACCAAUGAGCUUGAUGAAGACCUUCAAAAGUUACGUUGUCAUGUUAACUAUCAUGCUCUAAGGUUUACAAAGCCUUUGCGAUUGCUAGGUCAAAAAUUGUUGAAGAAAAUGCGAAAGAUGAGCUCACGUUUCAUUGCAGUUCAUUUGAGGUUUGAACCAGACAUGCUUGCAUUUUCUGGUUGUUAUUUUGGUGGUGGUGAAAAAGAGCGGAAUGAGCUCCGUAAAAUUAGGCAACGCUGGGAGACAUUACCUGAUUUAGAUGCAGAGGGUGAACGUAGUAGAGGCAAGUGCCCGUUGAGUCCAUAUGAAGUUGGUUUGCUGUUAAGAGCACUUGGUUUUGAAAAUGACACGUAUCUUUAUAUAGCAUCAGGAGACAUAUAUGGUGGAGAAGAAACUCUACGACCUCUUAGAGAGUUCUUUCCGAACUUGUAUACUAAAGAAACACUUGCUGGAGAGAAUUUGAAGCCCUUUCUAUCUUUCUCUUCUCGUCUUGCUGCUAUUGACUAUAUUGUUUGCGAGGACAGUGACGUAUUUGUUACCAAUAAUAACGGGAACAUGGCCAAGCUUCUUGCUGGGCGGAGGAGGUUUAUGGGGCAUAAGAGGACCAUACGGCCAAAUGCAAAGAAGCUUAGCGCAUUAUUUAAGGCACGAAAUAAAAUGGAGUGGGCGAUGUUUGCCAAAAAGGUAAAGUUGCACCAAAGGGGUUUCAUGGGUGAACCUGAUGAGAUGAGACCUGGAAGAGGUGAUUUCCAUGAAUAUCCUUAUUCCUGCAUCUGCCAGAAGCCUGAUAUGCAACAAAUAGAGCUUGGAGGGCAGUUCUCCCUUGGACCACAAGACAGACCACCUUUGAAAAAUAACACUAUAGCAGUUGAAAGUUUUCCCAGAGUUGCAACAGCAAGAAAAUAUUGCAAAAGAUGAACCUUUUUGGAAUUGAAGUCCAAUUGGGAGAAAAUUGACUAUUUCAAUUGCCAAAGCUAAAUAUGGCAGCAGAAGAAGCAUGUACCCCAAAAUCUGAUCACUUGACCCUGGUGGGCAGCAGACUGCAGAAAAUGAGCUCUGGUGGUCAUGCAGACUUCUCCUGUGCUUGCAACCUGUAGCUGGAAAUUAUUCAGAAGCUGGCGACCUUUCUCAUUUACCCCUUCGAUGGGGUUUCAGAAACUGGUAUUCAUUUCAAUGAUCUUUUCAUGAAUCUAAGUUCAUAGUUAUAUUUGUUAUGGUUAGUUACCUUCAUAUAUAUAUGAAAGUUUGUGCAUAUAUGAAAGUUGUGCUGCACAAUCUGCAAGUAAUAUAAAUUCAAGAUAAUUGAGCUUUUAAUCAGUCUAUGAAUCAAAAUCUUUUGUAGUGUACUACAAAUUGUGCCUUGGUUUCUUCAGCUAUAAUAAUGUUUUUUCAACA